AUGAAACAAAUAGUUAAGUCAAUUUUAUUUAUUAAAAUUUUUGCGUUUAUCCUUUUAACUGGGAUAUGUCAUUUUAAAAAUGAUGUGAACACGUUUAAUAAAUCCAUGGAUGGAGAGUACACACUUGGAAGAAAAUUAGAUAUAAAAACAUUUCGAUUACUUGCAAAAUGUAAGCACGAUAAGGAUUCAAAUAUUUUAGAGUUCAAACAAAAUAUACAAAACAAUACAAAGUGCAAAAAAAAGGAUAUAGCUAUUAAUGAAAAAGGGGACAAAGAUAAAAACAAGAAAUCUAAUAAAAGUCCAUUAAAUAAGGCACAAUACUAUACCGAAGUUAUAGAUUAUAAUAAUGGAAUGUUUGAUGGAAAACAUUUUCAUUUUGAAAAAAAAUGGAUUAAAAAAAAAGAUUACGAUAAUUUUCUUGAAAGAAACAGGAGAAUUUGUGAUAUAUCAUUAAGAAAAAUAAGAUUUAGAAAGUAUAGCAUUGGAGUUGCUAUGUUUUUAAUUUUUCUCUUGCUGGGAAUAGGAAUACCCAUAUUAUCAAGUUUACCAUCCUUGAAAGAGGCAUGGGAAAGCAUUACAAACAAUGGAAUAUUGAAAACAUUGAAAGAUAAUGUAGAAGCAUGGGGAGAAAACGUACUUUCCUAUCUUAUUAUAGCAUUAUUUAGCGUACUUAUGGUUAUGUUAGCUAUUAUGCUUAUAGUAGGGUUCUACAAGAUUUUAAGAAAUAAUGAAAAAUAUAACAAAAUUAAGUUAAUAAAGGAGUAA